UGGUGCAAAGCAUCUGUUCGUCGUUAUUACUACGAUGUUGAGAGCAGGAUGUGUGAGCCAUUCAUUUAUGGUGGCUGUCUAGGCAACAAGAAUAACUUUGUGGAUAGGAAUGAGUGCCUGCAGACAUGCCAAAAGUACGGAUCUUGGCCUCAAGUAUGUACAUUGCCGAAAGAAGAAGGCCCAUGCAAAGGAGCCAUUCCUCGCUUUUACUUUAAUUUCUAUGGCAAGAGGUGUACGGAGUUCAGAUACAGCGGCUGUGGUGGCAACAAGAACAACUUUGCGUCUAAAAAAGAUUGCAUUGGAACAUGCCGAGCUUUUAAAGAGAACUGAACUACUGAACUUCGACAGUGGAACACACUCCCUUGGAGUAUAGUGGAAUCUCCCUCCUUGGAGGUCUUUAAGCAGAGGCUGGAUGGCCAUCUGUGGGGAUGCUUUGAUUUGGAUUUCCUGCAUGGCAGAAUGGGGUUGGACUGGAUGGCCCUUGCAGUCUCUUCCAACUCUACGAUUAUAUGAUUCUACCAUUCCCAGCGCAUGAAAAGCCUCUGGCUCUUACAGCAAAUCCAUGCUGAAUUUUAGUUGGCUGUCCCACUCUGAGCGGAAAUGUCCUGCGUGCUUGUUACUCCGGAUUUGGAGAUAUGGCCUCCAAUAAACCCGUCUGCUC